AUGUCUAAUGAGAUGAAUGGAACAAAGAGGGUUAAUGAUCAUACUCCCUCACCUCAACCAACUUGUACCAGAUUGAAAAUCUACAAAUUAGGAGACCUAUUAGAAAAAGAAGCUCAAAUCUGGUGGGAUAUUACAAGUUUCGAAUUCUAUGUUGCCAACAAUUUAGUACCAAGGGGAUUGAGGUUACAAAAACCCCUAGCCUACAAAAAGAAAGAUGUGAAUAUAUUGAAAAAAUGGGACCAACUACUGGACAAGGGGUCCCUACUUUUAAUUAUCUUUCUAAUUGGGGAAAAAAAGAAAGAGUUGGAACAACUAGAAAUUGAAAUUGAACAACUUAAAACAGACUUAUCUCCUGAAACUGAAAAUGGACUAUAUGCAGAAUUACUUGACAAGAUAGAGAGAAAAGUAAAAGAUUUGGACAAUAAAAUAGGAGAAGGCAAAAGGAGAAAAAUUAUGAGAGAUAAAGAAGAUUAUGACAAAGGAGUACAAAGAAAUUGGAAGAAACAGAAUUAUACCAAAUCAGAAUGGGCUACACACCAACAAUGGGAGAAAAAUAGAACUCCAAAUAGAAGAGAACAUUUUUGGAAAAACCAAGUGAGAGGGAUGGAGAAGAAGAGGUAUAAUCCAGUAAGAGAUGUACAAGAAAGUGCACACUACUACUAUAAUCAUCACCAUUCCUCCAGCAAUUCCAGAAAUCAUUUGAGAAAUCAAGGGAGAACAAUGGAGAGGAGGGGAUUAGAAUCUCAAAGAGAUACAUAUGAGAGACAGAAAUACAAAUAUAACCCACGACAAUCCCCCCAGAAAGGUGGUGUAUAUUCAGAGAACAAUCAUAUAAGAAAUGAGAAACGGAGGAGUGAUAUUUUACAAAAUGACGAAAGAUUGUGCAAAGACUGA